AUGUUACAGAGGCUUACCGGAUUUCUUCAACACUGCAUAAUGUAUUGCUCCAUCCUCUCUGGCUACUAUGGGAUUCCGAAAGGCAAACUUAUUCGAUUACUUGUGGCCCGAGGACUGGUACAAGAAAAAUUAGGGCGGUUUAUGGAGGAUGUGGCAGAAGAAAAUUUAUAUGAAUUGAUCAGCCAGGGAAUGCUUCAAAUCAAGGAGAAACACUCUGGAACAGGAGGGACCAGAUUUCAGGUUCCCUCUCCUGUUAGAGAACUCUGUGUUCACCAAGUGGAGGAAGGAAACUCUGUGUUCACAAGCAUAAGUGAAUAUUCUCUUCAAAAAUCUGAGGAACAACACAAGGCAAGGUAUGAAGCUGUCCUCCCGACGGUCAUAUCUUUGAGGAUAAAGGCAAUUUGA